UAUAAAAUUAUCCGUAAAAACUAAAAAUAAAUUGAUUGGACAAGUUGGGGGUGGUACCAUCGGACGAACGUUUCCUUCGAAGCCUCGGCCGAUUGUCUGCACCUUCUGCGCUGAGGGUUUUAGUGAGGUCUCCUCGGCAAGGUUUUUAGGGAGGUGUAGUAUAAUCCUACAUUAGAAAUCCCGGAUAUUAGGGUUUGCUUUUCUAAAGCGGGUCUCUCUCGUGAGCACCUUAAGUAGAAAAUUCGCUAAUGGAGCGGCUGAAAUCUCUGAUUCCGAACGACCUCAAGCGGAUGAUCGGCGAGAGCACGACGGAAAACCUCACCAGCACUUGCUCUUCCCUUCUUGAAUUCUUCCGCCCUUUGCCUCAAUUUCAGCAAGUUAUUAAGGAGCUAACUGACCCGGAAAUGGCGCUGUGUCGGAAGAGCAAGGCUGCAGCUCUGGAUUCGAAGCAGAAGGGAAAUGAGUGCUUCUCAAAAGAGGAUUAUGUGAACGCUUUAAGCCAUUAUUCUCAGGCAUUACGGUAUGCACCGUUGAAUUAUGAUGAUAUAGAUGUGAACUGGGCAGCAACACUCUAUGUCAACCGUGCAUCCUCCAUGCAUAAAUUGGGCCUUUUGGAAGAGUGUGUACGGGAUUGUAACAGAGCUAUUGCACUUUCUCCUGGUUAUGUUAAGGCAUGGUAUAGGAGAGGGAAGGCAAAUGCUUCAUUAAAAUGCUAUGAAGUUGCAAUACUUGAUUUAGAAGUUGCCUUUAACAUGGAAAACAGUUUGCCUAGGAAGAACCAUAUAAAAGAAGAGCUAAAGAUGGUACUGAGCGAAUUAAAUAGCACAAAAGGGACAGGCACCUCAACUAGUAAUGACAAAAAUGAGAAAUUGGAAGCUUCAGCUGAACUGCACCCUGUUGCACUACAAUGUGUCGUCACACCAUCUAAAGGCAGAGGAAUGACUUCUUCAUGUGGCAUCCCUCCUGCUUCAUUGCUUCAUUGUGAAGAACCUCUUGCUGCGAUUGUGAUGAAGUCUUGCCGGGAAACUCAUUGCCAUUUUUGCUUCAAUGAAGUUCCAGCGGACAUCUUAUUCUGUCAUUCAUGUACUAUACCAAUUUACUGCUCUCAGCAUUGCCAUGAACAAGCUGGAGGGCAACAGUUUCUAAGGAACAAAGGCAGUUUCACUGCACAGAAGAGUCUAUCACCAGAACUUGAAAAACAUAUAAUGAAUGCCAGCUUGGCAAACCGAGUCAGUUGCACCACAGCAGAUAUGAACAUAAAGCAAAUUUCUGAACACAGACAUGAAUGUGGAGGUGUGCAUUGGUCUGCUGUUUUGCCUCAUGAUGUUGUUUUGGCUGGACGAGUAAUGUCUAAGUAUAUAGAAAAAAAGUCUUCUGGGAAGAUUUCUAAUCUCAUGGAAACUUUGGAGUUCGCCCACAAUUACUGUCAGAUUCCUUCCGCUAAUAAAUUGGAGUUGCAUAUAUAUGCAACUGUCCUUUCGUAUUGUCUCCAGCAUUUUUAUGGUUCAGAUUUCCCAUCCACUAGGGCUUCUGUAUCACAGGUAAUCUGCAAAUUAUUAUUAUUUUUUUUUGAGAACUUUUUUAAUCCUUUCCUGGGAAAGUACCUAAAAAUUUAG